AUGGAAUCAUAUCAAUAUCCCAAUUACGAAACACAUUACCCAGUAAGAACUGACAACGAAUUCACAAAUAAUGCUAUACCAACAAAAGUACAAGAUGAUACCAACAACAAUCACAGCAGCAUUAAUUUUUAUGAAGUCCCUAUUAAAUCAGACAUUCCAGACAAUGAAGUUAAUGAUACUGAAAAAGCUGCUAAUAAAACUCAACAUGAAAAAGUUAUUUCUAAAGAUGCUGUCAAGUGGUAUAGAAAUACUAAAGCCAUUCUUGGUAUAGUCUUUUUGGCUGGUUCAUGGCCAAGGAAACGUCGUGAAUCCGUUAAUGCUCAUUUGAGUACUCAAUUAUGGGUAUCAACUAGUGCUUCAACACUUGCUCUUGCUGUUCUUGCUCUCGUGACCCCUGCCGCAUUCAAGAUUGCGGCUCCUGCUGGUACUGGUAUUGAAUGUGAUAUUCAAAAUAUUAGUCAUGCUACUGCUCUUAUUUUAUUACUCGUAUACGUUGGUCUAUUGAUAUUUCAAUUGAAGACUCACGCUAAUGAGGUUGUUGAUGACUCCGAAGAACAUCAAAAACGAGCUCAAUAUUUCCUUAUAUAUGAUGUGUUUUUAGUUGGAUUGUCAGUUUUUGGUAUUACUUUAUGUGCAAGAUACCUUGUGACAAGUAUCGAACAUUUAGCUCACAACUUCAAACUUGGUAAUGGUUUUAUUGGAAUGGUCCUUAUACCUCUUUGUGUUGUUUCUAACUUUAUGGAGCACUAUGAUGCUAUCAAAGAAGCUUCUAAAGAUAAGGUCGAUAGAGCCGUUAGUUUGGUCCUCAAUACCUCUGUGCAAAUUGCUCUUUUAAUUGGUCCUGUCCUUGUGCUUGGCGGUUGGGCAACUUCUAGGCCAUUAACUUUGGAUUUCAACGUAUUGGAAAUCUGUGUGUUAGCUUGUGCUGUACUAAUUGUUAAUUAUCUAGUUGCUGAUGGUAAAGCUAAUUGGUUGGAAGGCUAUAUGCUUAUUAUGUCUUAUGUUAUGAUUGCUGUUGCAUUCUUCUAUCUUCCCGAUAUACCUGAUCUUCCUGAAAAUACAAAUUGUAACCCUUGGAGCAGAAAUCUUCCUCCAGAUUCUUCUACAAUAAAGAUUGAAGAUCUUGUUCAACAUUAA